GUAACAAAGUCAUUGAAGGAAAAAACAGAGUAGGUUGGUCCCGUUAAUAACGAAGACAGCUUAGGUUUGGCGGGGCUGGGUACAGUGGAGGAGAGGAGCUCAAUUACCAGCACUCCUUCCCUCCCAACGAUCCAGUUCCGGCAAACAAUCGAACAUGUUGCAGACCUUUUCUCCUUCCUACAAGCCCCUCCAUCUCCCCAUUUCAUCUUUAUCUUUGUCUUCGUUUUCAUCAUCGUCAGCAUCAUCAGUAGCUUUUCCAGUUACUCGGCUCCUGAUUCCGCCGCGCCUCCGCGUACUCCCCAAUCCGAGGAGGAGAUGCAGUGCCUUACCGUUUGAUAUCAGAGGUGGCAAAGGAAUGAGCGAGUUUUAUGAAGUUGAGCUUAAAGUUCGUGAUUAUGAGCUCGAUCAGUAUGGUGUCGUGAACAAUGCUGUUUACGCAAGUUAUUGCCAACAUGGUCGUCAUGAACUUUUGGAAAGUUUUGGUCUAAGCUGUGAUGCAGUUGCUCGCAAUGGCGAUGCAUUGGCAUUGUCGGAAUUGUCACUCAAAUUCCUUGCACCUCUAAGAAGUGGAGACAAGUUUGUUGUAAAGGUAAGGAUAUCUGGCUCUUCAGCAGCUCGCUUAUACUUCGAUCAUCUCAUCUUCAAGCUGCCAAAUCAAGAGCCUAUUUUGGAUGCAAAGGGCACAGCAGUUUGGUUAGAUAAAAACUAUCGCCCUGUUCGGAUACCACCAGAGGUGAGAUCCAAACUUGUUCAAUUUCUUCGCCACGAGGAGUCAUAACUCAGUUGCUGCAACAUGAACUAUGGUGGAAAAUCUAUACUUCGCUACCGUUUGCCUGAGGUGGAACAGAUCUCUUUCUCACUAACCCUUAACCAAAGAAAGAAAUAAUAUUGAAAUUGUGAACGAAAUAAUAUUAACUUUGUGUGAUUUACCACACAGUUAAACAAUUCUAGUGACAUAUUUUUAGUUUCAAUGAUUACAGAACCAUACUUGAUUGGAAAAAUAUAUAAAUUUAACUGUAACAGCUCAAAUGCUCUGCGCAUGCAAUGUUAAA